AUGGAACCAAAGCCUAUUGAAUUCAAAGAUCACAUAUUCGACUUUUCAUUUCAUCCCGUGGAAAACAUCAUUGUAGCAGGCUUAAUCAAUGGACAGGUGCAAUGCUGGAACUAUGCAACAGACACCGAAAACACACUGAAUUGGACGACACAAGUGUCUAAAAAGUCGUGUCGAGGCGUUGAAUUUACACCCGAUGGAGCGCAUCUACUGUCGAUAUCCCGAGAUAAAUCAAUUCAAGCACUCGAUGUAACAACCGGAAGACGAUUGUACAAGAUACCCAAAGCACACAAGUACGCAAUCAAUAAAAUCUGUAAAUUAGAUACCCAUUUAACGGCAACAGGCGAUGAUGAGGGGAUCAUAAAGAUCUGGGACAUGAGAACCUGCAAAGCGACACAAGAGUACAAGGUGCACGAUGAUUUUAUUGCAGAUAUGGAGUAUUGUUCAGGCAGAUCAUCAUUGUUAUCAACGGGUGGUGAUGGGUUACUGUCUAUUUGCGACACACGAAAACCAACGGAUAAAAUUAAGCUAUCUCAUCUUGUCGAUGAUGAAUUAUUAUCCAUGGCGGUCAUCGAGGAUGGAAGCAAGGUCAUUGCAGGCUCGCAGAGUGGGGCGUUGUAUACCUGGGAUUGGAAUCAAUGGGAUACCAGUAGGAAAUGGUUGGGCCACCCCAACUCAAUUGAUGCUCUAUGCAAACUGGAUGAGCAAGUCGUGUGCACCGGUGGUAGCGAUGGUCUGCUGAGGAUGAUCUCUGUCCAACCUUACAAAUUUGAAGGCAUUUUGGGCGAUCAUGGCGAGGACUUUCCCAUAGAGUCCAUAGAGAUGGAUCACCGCCAAACGUAUCUGGCUAGCUGUGGCCAUGAUUUGCAACUUAAAUUCUGGAAUGUGCAGUUUCUGUUUGAGCAAGAAGACUGCGAAGAUACUCUGAAACGCAAAAUCAUUCAAAUCGAUGAUGAUGAUGAUGAUGGUGAUGGUGAUGGUGACCAAGAGGGCCAUGAUACAAAACGGCCACGUGGAUCCUUCUUUGACCAACUAACAUGA